AGUACGGGCGGGUUUUCAUCUACUGUUUUACGUCAUUCAGGUUAAUGGGUGAUAAAGGAUUUAAGGUCGUUAUCAAAUCGCCUAAUGAUAAAAUACCUAGUUUGACUGUGCAAUGCCUUUCUAACUGGCUGGCCAGUGACUUAAAAAAGUACUUAUCAGAGCAUCAUCCCGCUCAACCUAGUGUCCUAUCUCAAAGACUUAUCCAUGCGGGUAAGCUUUUGAAAGAUGAUACGUCAAUCUCAGACAUUUGUACUCAGGUCGAUGGGCUUCCUACAAUCCAUCUAGUAUACCCCAAAUCAAAACUAACGGGCGAUUCUAAUGUCAACAACCACCGAGCUGACAAUACUUUGUUUAAUAUUUCACCUGAGCAAAUGCAUAAAUAUCAGCAGGCGUAUUAUCAUUAUUUGCAAACGUUUUAUAUGGAGAAUCCUCCAAUAAACCAAACUGAGUGCCAUACGCAGGAUUACUGUUACCCUUACUAUUUUGGGACAGGGACUGUUAUGCAAAUGCUUCCCGGGAACUAUAGUUUCCCUAACAAUGCUUAUGUUCCACAAACUCAUAGCUCUUCACACCAAACAACCCCAAACAAUUCAUCUAGCAAUACGCAACAAUGGAUUCAAAGGGCGCAGACACUUUUAUCUAAUUGGGGAGUGUUUAAUGGUAAUCAGCGUCAGAGGGAAGCGGAUGAGGUAUUACCUAAUGAAGAUGGGGUUAACCAAAGAGCUAACCAAAUUCAACCCCAAGCAGCACAAGAAGUGGUGCUUAAUAAUGCAAUACGAAAUAAUGAUCGACCCGAUGAAGAGGUUAACGGGGUGGGAAAUAUGGACAUAGUUGAUCGUUUUUAUAUGCUUUUUCGACUUUGUCUUUUCGUGGGGCUUUGUUUCGCAUAUUCAUCUUUGGACAAGGCACUUAUUGUGUUCUCAGUCGCUGCUUAUGUAUAUCUGUAAGUUCCCAACUAUUAUUUUUCUAAUGCCAACGUGUUUAGUACAAACGAGCGGAGUUUAUUAUUUACUUAUUUGCAUCACAAAAUAUUUCAUACAACAGGACAUCGGGAAUGUGUUACGGAGGAGAAUAACGUGUAGAAAAGAAAUAGAAUAUGAAAGGGGCACUCAGUCAUGCACGAAUUAGAAGCUGGUAUAUGUGUGUUUUUGGCCCAAGCUACUAUGGCACAUUCACACAGCGAAACAAAAUUACUAAAGCCUGGUAGCACGUUGGCGAUGACUGUGCUGGUAGUUAGUACUAGCCAGAGACAGGUUGUAGUCUGCUCAAAGUUGCGGUAGAUGGUACCUGUUAUCUGACCUGCGGCCACCUAAACGACUCACUUCUGUGCCUAGACGCCCAAUCUGUGCAUUCAAGUCUCUGGCUAGUACCAUAAUAUCUGUCGAAUACACUUUCUGUAAAUGAACUGUUAAGUGGUGGUAAAACUCAUCCUUGAUAGCAUCCGGGAUGCGAUCUGUCGGAGCAUAGGUUGAAAUUACGAAAAGACAUUGUUUCCCAUACCGACUUCUCACUUUGAUGGCGCUUUUUAAACUAACAUCACAUGACCGACUGUUAAUGGGGAUCAAAUUGACUAGUGUUGUCUCGGCUCUAGUGCUGAGUAAAACACUAACGCCAGCAAAGCCAGACAAAGCUGUCACUGAGUCUCUGGAUGAACAUACGUUAAACAAGCUGUCCGAUACGACAAACGGAGGGGGAAUUUGUAGUAUUUCACUAGAGUCUUGAAUAUGGAGAGCCAACAAACCAAUAACUUUUUAAGAGAAUGCUGUGAGGGACCAGCUUCGAAUAGCUGUACCCGUAACUCUGAGGUCACACUAUCAGGUCGCCAAGACUACCACUAUCCUAGAUUUCGUUUCGGUUCCUUCAAGAAUAAAGAUAUCCAUUCACGACGUGGAUGGCCGGAAAAUGACGACCAACACCAUACUUUUAACAAACCUCGAGAUUGUCUUGUUCACGAUCAAAUCCUUACCUAAUCUCUAAUAAUUCACUCAUUUUCAAGACUAACCCUUCUUGCGUAUCUGAACUACAUGUUGGAGCUUUUAAUGCUUGAACCUUGUGUGUGUCAGAUAGAACAACAGGCCUCUUUAGAUAGAACUCUAGAAUAUUACGCUAUCGAUAUAUGCUGCGUCUCCGAAGCGCGCAUACAGGAUCCGAGUACGGUCUUUCAUUUCACCUCACUUCUUGAAAAUAAACAGACGGCGCGAUUUCCCCUUCGUGUGUAUGAAGACCUUACUGCCAUUUCCCUUGACCUCGCUGGCAUAGGUAAAGCAUUGUGUUCGAAAGCAGAACAAAAUUGUUUAGACUGGAUUCUUACAGACAGUCGCAUAUGGGUUGUCCGACUAAACGGAACAGUAAGAACACGAAAAGCCAGUGACACACACACCGUUGCAUCUUUGUUGUCUCUGCCUACGAUAACACUGAUUUUAGCUUAGAUGAAUUUUAUAAGAAGCUAUGGUGGAUGGUGAUUUUAACGCUUAAACAGGUAGACUAAACCAAACGGAGAUUCAUUUAGACAGAUCUCACAGUGCCACAGCUCAGAGAACAGAUGGUGACCGUCUGCUGCGAAUAUGUUUGGAUGAUCAUCUAUAUCAAGCAAGCAUCCACUUUAGGUAUAAGUAAAAACAUCGUCUUGCGUGGUGACCUCCACAAUCGACUCGACGAUAGACUCAAACAGAUCACAUUCCCAUCAGUUAUUGUUGAAGACGCUCGAUAGAAGACUACCGCUGAUUCUGGAGUGCAUGUUUAAACCCAGCUCAUGCUUUAGUUCAAGCAAGUAAAUGUCUGCAUCUUAGUAAAUGCAGAAAAGCCAUAGAAAGAAAACCUCUUAGAGUUUAACAUAAUGAUGAAAAGGUUAAGAACAUAUUUCAGGAACAACUAGAGCAGGAGUUAGUCAACCACGAAAGCGAUAUCCACCUCGAGGCAGUUUGGAAUGAUAUCUAAAAUGCUGUGGAAACAGCAGGUGCAUCCACUCUUUGUUUUCCUGCCAAAUUCCUUAUAAAUGGCUUUGUUUUCAUUUCACUAAAUUAUAUUUCUUCUUGAAUCGUAUCUUUGAUCGCUAAUCUUUUCUAUUACCAUUCAUGCUGUUAUUACCUCUACUAUUCUGGGAUUUGGUCUGAAAAUGUCAUCUUUCUGUGUUAUUUGAGUGUGGUAACCUGAACAGAUGUAUAUAUGUUAUGUCCCGAUAAGAAUAAUGAAUGGUAACUUUGGGAUCCGUUUAAGGACCAGUACUAUGUGUAUAUUUUUAAUCGUAUAAUUGUUAAAUAACGGAAGUAUUCAUAUCCAUUUACUAUAAGUUUUAUUUUGACCUAUGAACUAUUAUUAUACGAUUUAUUAUUCUUGAUUUAUGUCCUAUCAUUUACUAUCUCCUUUACUCAUAGCCACAUUUAGCUAAAUCUUGUACAACUGUUGUUUCUUAUUUUAUGGCACGAUGUGGUCUGUGUGGUUGGUUGGUAUAUAAACCUAGUAUGUUUGAAAUAAAGGAUUCAUACCGCAGAGGCUGAGAUUGGUUUUCUGGACUUAUCUGACUGGGCUAGGCAGAAAGCAGGACCGAU